UCCAACGACGCGAGCAGGUUCCUCAGUUAACAGUACUGAUGAUUCCCACGGUUCAUUGUAUAGGAAAAAGAUCAAUGAUAGUGUUUCUGUGCUAGACUGUGCAUUAACGACCUUUAACAACACUAUAUGUUGCAAUGUCUGUUACCAGUCAGCCGGUGGUAAAAAAGAAGCAGGUUCGGUUUGCUAGCAUGGAGGAUGACGAUGAUAACGAUGAUCAAGAGGAGGAUACACUGUUUGACAAGAGGAAAGACGUCAGGAAAGGUUUUAAAAGUAUGAUAAAAAGUAAUGUGAACAAGAAGCUAGCGAGUGCGGGAUUCGAUAGCGUUAAAAUAAUAAGUGGUGGUCGGGGAGCCAACGACCCCGGGGUUUGUGGACGCUGGAUGAUCACUUUAACACUUUGUGCAUCUUUCCUUGGACUGGGAAUGUGCAUCUCUGUACUUGGUCCUACACUGGGGGACUUGGCCAACAACGUCAAUAAGAACAUCAGUAAUAUUUCCUAUAUCUUUGUGGGUCGCUCAGUUGGAUACAUUGGGGGCUCCCUUCUUGGAGGGAUCCUCUUUGACUGCAUGAACCCCCACCUACUUUUAGGAUUCUCCAUGUUGGUCACAGCAUUUGGGAUGAUUGCCAUCCCCUUCUGCAAAAAGGCCCUCUUCCUUACAGCCUUAAUGUCCUGUGUUGGCAUUUCCAUGGGCUUUUUAGACACAGGUGGUAAUGUCCUGAUCCUGAACAUCUGGGGCAGCCAGGCAGGGCCUCACAUGCAGGCCUUGCACUUCAGCUUCGCCGCAGGGGCCUUCGUCUCGCCCAUCAUCGCCAAGCUGGUGUUUGGCAAGGACCACGCCAAGGCGGCCAACGACACAGUGGAGGCUUCCUCGCCCCUCGCCGAUAGAGUGGCCCAGACCCUGAGCUCGGCGCUGCACAUCUCACAGGGGCCCAUGUACGCGUACUUUGUGAUCGGGGCCUUGAUCCUGCUCAUCUCUCUGGCCUUCUUCAUCCUCUACUCCUGCGGCACGCCCUCCAGAGACAGAUCGCGCUCGGAAUCCGGGGCGCCCCUGGUUGCUAAGCAACACACCGCCCUCAUCUGUCUCCUCGCCAUCUUCUUUUUCUGGUACGUGGGCGCCGAGGUGGCGUACGGCUCCUUCAUCUUCACCUACGCGAAGGACUACGCGCGCAUGAACCAGGCCGAGGCGGCGGGCCUCAACUCGCUGUUCUGGGGCACGUUUGCCGCCACCCGCGGGCUGGCCAUCUUCUUUGCGGCCUGCAUGUACCCUGGCACCAUGAUCCUGCUCAACUUGGUGGGCUGCACCUUGUCGUCGCUGCUGCUCACCCUCUUCAACACGAGCAGCCUGGCGCUGUGGUCCUGCACGGCGCUCUACGGCGCCUCCAUGGCCACCACCUUCCCCAGCGGCCUCUCUUGGCUGGAGCAGUACACGGCGGUGACGGGCCGCGCGGCAGCGGUCUUUGUGGUGGGGGCAGCGCUAGGCGAGAUGGUGCUGCCCGCCGUCAUGGGCUUCCUGCUGGGCAAGCCGUCCCUGCGGCAGCACCCGCUGCUCAUGCUGCUGGCCCUGACCACGGCCACCAUCACCUCCAUCCUCUUCCCCGUCAUGUACAAGCUGGCCGCCGCACCCACCACGCCCGGGAAGAGGCCACGCGUGAGGGGCAGGGAGUCGGACGACAACGAGUUUCGCCAGGCCCUGCUGGACUCUGGUGCCAAUGAUGAUGAUGAUUAUGAUGAUGAAGAGGUGGCUGAGAACGACGAAGAAGCCGACCACUGGAAUGACGCAGACUUUGAGGUCAUCGAGAUGGAUGACGCCAGCCUCAUGAACUCCCCGAACAAGGUGGUGUCGCCUCCAGACGUGACUAUGAGCUCAGCAGCUGCCCCCAGCAUCGACCCCUUCAGCCUGCCUACACUGUCCGAAUCCCCGAGCAAAUAUGAAACCAGCUCCCCCCGUAGGAAACUACUGGUCACUCUUGACAGGGAAAAGAAUGAUUGAAUCCCACUACCAGAGACUGCUGGAUUGCCAAUUCAGGUGAAAAAGGACUGAGAGCAGUCAGUUUUUGUGAGCAUUAUGUGAUUUAUUUUUUCAGCGACAUGAAUGUUGUGAAUGUUUUGUUUGUUGAUGUCUGUCCCUGCACGUUGACACUCCUGAAUCGUUUCACUAAUUUCUAGUUGACACUUUUAAAACAAUGGUCCCACAUCCAAUCAUCUCAUUAGAAUGCUGAUCUGUAUUUAUAAACACAGAGACCAAUGAGCCUGUUCUUGGUAACACAGUCCAUUAGAAUUGGAGCUGGAAAAAUGACUGACUACAGAAUAUCAGAGGUUUACAUUGGCUCAUCUGGACAAUAGAUAAUGAAAUGAGUCAUGGUGAAGGAAUCAAUAUUGACCUGUCCUGGAUGUUAGGCAGAAUGUAUGUAUUUCAGGGUUCAGAGGCCCAUUCAUUUUGAUGGAAUGAUUUUCAGUUUUACUUACUUUUUUAUUGAUUUACUUAUUUAUUGAUUUACAAAAGGCACAGAAGCCGAUGCGAAGUGGCUUCACUAAACUGACAUGAGCAUAGUGCAUUAUAACUAUAAUCAAACUCCCAAGCGCACUAACCGAAUGGACUGCUGUUGUAGAGUAGGAUCCUGUUCCUUAUUUGUGCUUGACCUACCAUAAUAAUGCUCAUGCUACAGUGUACAGGUGUACGGUUUGCUUUAGGCAGUGAUGAAACUAUAGUUAGUAUGGUAUGCUACUAAACUUUAACCGGACUCUCGCCAGAUGAAUUUCGUUCCGCCUAGCUCCACUCACAUCCAUCUGGGAUCGGUUCCGUUGAGAGUGAUUU